GAGGUUACAGACAAAAUGAAGAGAUACAAUAGACACCAGGAAUGGUAAAUAUGAAACACUUUGGGUACAAUUACAAAUUGUUCUCCAGAAUGGUUGGAUCAUAAAAUCUCACCUUCUGCAAGAACUUUCCUAUAGCUCUUCCCUUUGAAAUGAUCUCCAGUUUAUCCUGAUUAUAUCCUACCUCUACAUGAUUGAUUGUUGGUAUUUUAACUUUGCCGUAUAAACUCCACACUUUUUUUGGGGGGGUGGGGGGUGACCCCCUUCCCCCCUCCCCGCCGCUGUAUUCUCAACACUACACAAAGCACUUGGCACAUAGUAAGUACUCAAUACGUGCUUGUUGACUUGACUUGCUGAAGGCAAUGGAUUCCCAGAAUGUCAUUUUGGGUUCGGUAUAAAUCACUAUGAGACUCAUUAAUUUUAAAAAGGGCCCUGGGUGGAAGUGGUCAUGCUUGAGAUCAAGUUUGAUCUCUACACUAGACUGUAGAUUCCAUUAUAUAAACGCAAUAUAUCCUUGUGAGAACUUCUGUCUAGUUGUGUUCUACACACAGUUGGUGCUUAACCAAAGUUUUUAAUUUUCCGGGAGCAUUUUGUCUGGAUUUUUCCUUUGCCUUUAUUUCCUUCUCUUGCAUAUUUUCCGAGUACAUCCAGCAAGCUUUUAUCAAGUUGCUACUAUGUGUCAGGCACUGUGAGAUGCUAGUGAUACAAAGAUUUAAAAACAAACAAACAAACAAACCAACCCCUCAACACAACAGAAAAGGGCCCUUUGGAAAAUAAUUUUCUCUCCCUCAAUCCCCUCAUUAAUUGCUGCAAGCUCCUAGAGGGCGGGGGAAUGUGUCAUGGUUUUUCUCUUUGACUCCCCUGAGUCGUGCACUUAAGUAGGUGUUUAAAUGUACACGCGUUGAAAGGCAAAAACCAGGGGGAAGGGAUUCGCAAAGAAUUUAGGUGGAACAACAGAGAUGAAGGGAACGGGGGCUCCCCCCAGACACAAUUAGGUGCGUCUUAGGAAACAUGAUCAACAAUCAGGCGCAUAUCCGGCUUCAAGUUCAAGGCGGGAGCCAGAAGUGUUCAGAGCUGGGGCAAGCUUUGAUCCGAACCCCAAGUUAGCGCGCGGCGGUUGGUUAUUUGAAUAAACCAAUGGGAAGGGAGGCUCAGGAGCAGUUAGCCCUCAGCCAAUCGCCUGCAAGAGGCUUGAGACAAGGAGCCAAUAAGGAGGAAGGGAAGGCGGGGCCGUAGGCGGGAGGAGAGGCUGAGGAUGAUUACAAAGAUGGCGAGUGAGUCGAACAGCGAUGGGCAGGUGCACUAUCAGGGACAGAAGAGACGUGACGCCAUCUGUAAUUUUGUCAUCUGCAAUGACGCUUCUCUGCGAGGACAGCCGAUCAUCUUUAACCCCGACUUCUUCGUGGAGAAGCUCCGACAUGAAAAACCUGAUGUUUUCACCGAGCUCGUGGUCAGCAAUAUCACCAGACUCAUUGACCUGCCGGGCACUGAAUUGGCCCAGCUGAUGGGGGAGGUGGACUUGAAGUUGCCCAGCGGGGCUGGCACAGCGUCAGGCUUCUUCAGAUCGCUCAUGUCUCUCAAGCGCAAAGAAAAAGGAGUUGUAUUUGGAUCACCAUUGACAGAAGAAGGCAUUGCUCAAAUUUGUCAACUGAUUGAAUAUCUACACAAAAAUUUGCGAGUAGAAGGUUUAUUUAGAGUUCCAGGAAACAGUGUCCGACAGCAAAUUCUAAGGGAUGCCCUUAACAAUGGUGCUGACAUUGACUUGGAGUCCGGGGAGUUUCACUCCAAUGACGUAGCCUCUCUGCUGAAGAUGUUUCUGGGAGAGUUACCGGAACCCCUUCUGACCCACAGGCAUUUCCAUGCACACCUAAAAAUUGCAGAUCUCAUGCAAUUUGAUGAUAAAGGAAACAAGACCAGCAUCCCAGAUAAAGAACGUCAGAUUGAAGCCCUGCAGCUGCUCUUCCUAAUUCUCCCACCGCCCAAUCGUAAUUUGCUAAAGCUGCUGCUUGACCUCCUGUACCAGACAGCAAAGAAACAAGACAAGAACAAGAUGUCUGCCCACAACCUUGCCCUGAUGUUUGCCCCUCACAUCCUGUGGCCAAAAAAUGUCACUGCAAAUGACCUUCAGGAGAAUAUCACAAAGCUGAAUAAUGGGAUGACUUUUAUGAUUAAACACUCUCAGAAACUUUUUAAGGCUCCGGCUUAUGUUCGGGAAUGUGCCAGGCUGCAUUACCUGGGCUCUAGAACUCAUGCAUCAAAGGAUGACCUGGAUCUGCCAACCUCAUGCACUAAUAAGGACUUUCCACUUUCAAAAUCCUAUAAAAGGACCCAGAUGAACACUUGCUUCCAACAGGAAGAGACGCAACAACGUACCGAGGAGGCUCUCAGAGAGUUAUUUCAGCAUGUUCAUAACAUGCCUGACUCAGCAAAGAAGAAGAAGCUCAUUCGACAGUUUAAUAAGCAGCCACUUGCUCAAACUCCAGGAGCAGAUGGAUUUACCCCCCAGUUUCAGAAACGGACCCGUUCACGCUCCUUCAGUGGACUUAUUAAGCGGAAAGUCCUGGGGAAUCAGAUAAUAAUGGAAAAGAAAAAUAGGUGUUGUACUCCAGAAUCUGUGGACGUUGGUGACUUGAACAGAUCCAGCAAAGAAAAUGUGAACUUAGUUUGUUCUGGAUCUCCAGCACUGAAGAUGGCACCAGCAAGAUUAAAAUUAUCUGAAGGAAAGAAAGAAGGGAGAAAAGGAAUCCUGUAAAGGAAACCAGCAUCCUCAGGCUUUCUAACCAGGGUCUUCCAUUUAGUUCAAGCUAGAUGGGAAUCAACAUAUACAGAAAAGCAUGGACUUUCAGCAGUUUGAAUUUUCAGAGCCAACUAAUGCUAUGACUUGACUGUUCCCUCUAAUUCUACUCACUGGAUGAUUAUUUGGAAACUGUGCCUUUUGAGAGAAUAUUGUGAAUUUGUGUAUGUUUUCAUUUUUUUAUUAAUUCAAAAUAUGGGGAAACCACUAUCUAACAAACAACUUACAUGAUAGGAUGAAUACUUUGAAUAAAGUGGGCUCAAGAGCUCACUCAAUGUAGCAGCUCAGUAACUUCUUUUUUAAGCUGAUAUUUAUGUUCCUCUGUCAGUAUCUAGCUUUUAAAUAUUGCCUCAAGCUUUCUAUGGUUAUUGGCAAAUUUAUUUUUGUAUUGAUAUUUUUGACAUUUUUGUUGUUUGUUUUAAGUCAUCAUUUUCUUCUUUAAAAUCCUUCAUUUAUAAUAUAAAAGCCUUAACCUGUGAGGCUUUGAGCCAUUUAAAAAAAUGUCAUUUGACCUUCCACUUUUGUCUUCAGGAAGAAUCUUCUUGGGAUUUGGGGAAGCUGUGUAGUCUCUUGCUUUCAUCUUCCUUGUUUCAAUCUUUAUAAUUUCAUUUGAGGCUGUUUGGGAAUCUCUUUUUGGAAUAUUUUCUUGAGAUCCAGAGAUUGGAAUGUGUUUAUCUGAAUUAAAGCAUGAAAAAACCAACAGCAGUCUGCAUAAAUGCUCUGGUAUGUAAUAAAUAUUUUGGUUAUUUUGUGUAUUUCCAUUUAAACUGUCAAAUACUUUCCCCCUUGUUUUUCCUUUUUCUUAUCAUUACAGUUGUGUAGUUGCUAGGCUUCUCUCCUCUUCAGUCAGUUGUCUUUUGCCUAAACACACAUCUCGGUUUCCGUUUUAGAACCUUUGCCCUUUUAUGUUUCUGUGACAAAUAUCUGGAAAUGAGAUUAGAAAAGUUGCUGACAGCCCGCAGGAGAUCUGUUAAAAUAUUUGUGCCAAUGGGUUGUAUGUGGUAGCUCUGCCCUGUGGGCGGGAGAGAGCCAGCUUGCCCGGUGUGGAGAACUGGGGGAGCUGUGUGGGGAGGUGGAAGUUCCCCGUUGUGUCCCCUCAGUUCUCCUGGCUCCCAAGAACAGGUGGGGGGUGUUGGGGCUUUCCCUCAGAAUGGUGGGAAACCUGUGCCUUAUCUCCAGUGCUGAAAGGAACGGUUGUUAUGCUCAUGCCCUUAUUGGGGAGUACGCAGGGUUCUUCAGAGAAGCUGCCAAAGACACGAGUGGAGUGAAGUAGGUGGUCAGUGGGAGGCUCACAUGCGCACAAACGUGUGGACGUGUGUGUGAGAGCAGUCGUGGCCUGUGCAUUGAACUUGCAUAAAUUAUUAACUAAGCAUACAUCUUUCUUAGAAACUUACUUCCUAUUGCCUCUUGGGGCCAAAAUAGCUGGGUUUAAGGUUUUACUUAAACUAGUAAAAACUGCUGUUUUGAAAUAAAAGUUUACCCUAGGGUUGGAGCAGUAUUUGCAGAUAGCCUAAGUGCCAGCCUACCUUCCACGUUCCUGGGUUCUGGGUCUCUAUUUUGUUACUGUCACUGUAGAAGUGAAGACAAGUGAGAAGCUUUGUUUGAAUGAGAUGAGGAACAAUAAAACAUCUGAAAGGGACUGUUUCUUAUGUGGGGGAAAUUUCUCAUAAGUCACCAAAUUACAUAUUUAAUUUCUAACGUUUCCCUCAUUGGAAAACGAACAAAAUAAUCAUCCUCCUUAGCGAGAUAUCAGCAAAUCCAAAUGGGCCCAGUUAUUGUGCCACUUAAUUAAAUUAGAAGAUAACUCCCUCCUCUUCUUCCUUCCUCUUCUUCUUCCUCCUCCUCUUUCUCUUCCUUUUUAAAAAGUUAGUAUUCUUUUAACCCAGAAGAGAGUGAGCCUAGGCAGUGGCCUGACCCCAUGUUGGAAGGGCAGAGGGACAGUCGGGCACCCUAUGAGGCGAUUCGUUCUUUCUGGGGCUGCCUGGGAAAGGUAAUAUGAUUAGUUGUUUGGGUGAAGAUUAUUUCUGGAGGGCGUUGCCAGUGUAACGUAAGAGUAAUUCCUGACCGCUCCCGUGGGCAAUGUAACUUGUGUGACUGGUGAGGCAUUUCCUGUGUUAUUAACUUGUUAUCAUCCUUAUUGCCUUCAGGGUAUCGCGGGUCAUUUUUCUCACAAAAGUUAAGGUCCAGGUGUUCCUGGCAAUUUGAGGGGCUAACCUCCCCCCUUGUUUUACUCUAUUGACUUAAUAUUGGUGAAAUCCUAUGCAAAAAAAGGGGGCUCAGCCUUUUAUCGUUUGCCAGAAUGUGACAUCUCCCGUUUGGAGCUGAGAAGACAUGUAUUGUAUUGAAGCCAAAGUCUGUAUUUGACACACCUUUUUUGGGGGGAGGGGCAGGGGGUAAUAUUUAAGUUAUUACGUUUAUGUGUGCUCUGCUAUCUGUAUUUCCUGUGUUAAAGUAGUUUUUACAGACAGGUCUCUUGCUCUGUUGUAUAUUUUAUUUCCUUCUAAGUCAGUUAAAAUGUUUAUUCAUGAUUCCAAUUCGAAGCAGUAUAUUUGUGUGAAAGUGCAGACCACUCUUAUUGUUCUUUGAGAGAUGGAUGCUACUAAUGGAUAAAUGGAGAAGUCCUGGCACCUGGGUUUUUCUGAGCUUUUUUGUUUCUGUGUGGGCCUGUGCAGCUGGCAAAGUAAGGAAGUAGUUCUGAAGCCAGGGCCCACUUUGACCUCUUGAAACCACUCUAGAGUAGAAGUAGAGCAGGGGAAGGAAGGCAGAUUUGACAGUGUUUUCCUUGGCUCAGAGUUAAUGUUCAAAGGAAAGCCCUUGGGAGUUCUGGUGGGAACAGACCUGUAGCCCCCAGAACCUCCUUCAGCAAGCCAGAGUUCACUGGGCCCAUUCCUAGUAUUGGUCUUAAUUGUAAAGUCAUUCUCUUCUCCAGCCAAUACCAAUUCUGAACAAACAUUUCUACCUAAGUUCUUCUAAAGAUUUAGGACACAGUUGAAAAUAGGAUUUUCUGGUUGAAUUUAUGAUCAUUUUGAAUUGUGCUACAGGAUGUAAUUGAGGAAGUUGCCUUUGCAGUGGACAUCUCUUUCUGCUUUUAUAUUCUGUGCCACAUUGUUAGAUCCUCCAUCACUCUGCUUGUCCUCGAGGGGUCCGUGCAGGCCCCGAUGGAGCUGAUUGCCUCAGUUGCAAGUGUCCAGGUAGUGAGGAAUGCUGGGAAAAGUGAGCCUGAGAACAACAUUUUCCUUUAUUUCCUCAGAAGGAAUAUCCUGGAUUAGAGCUGAAUUGAUACUACCAUAUUAUCCAGUACUAGGAAGAUUUUCUCUCUAAGCCAGUAAUUUAUUUGAUUUUGGCAAUUAGUAUAAUCUAAACAGCUUUAUAAAAAUAUUCAGCAUUUUCCACUGUCUUACUUUGGCCUUUGAACAAUAUAGUGCUGAUUGAAGGGCCAUUGAAUAGGUAUAGCCCAGAAUAGCCCAAGUGCUGAGUUGCCAUAGAAACCUUGGUAUAUGAGACUACAGCCAGCAUUAUGGCCUUAAAACAAUUAAAAACAAUUCUGCCUCAAAUCUGUUGGAAAGUAGCACGAUUCAACCUUUUAGGAUCUUUCCUACACAGAAAGUGCUGUCUUUGCAGAUGUUAGAGGUCCGGUAAUAGCUAAGGUUUUAGAAAACAAAAAGGCUUCUCUGUUUUUCUAAAAAUGAAACAAAUAACUUCAUGAUUCCACUAAAUGUGAUUGUAAAUAAACAAGUCUAUGUAACAUGGUCUCUGUAAUUUCCUUUAUUUGUUUCUGUAAUGUUCAAAGAUUAAAUUUUUUUGUUUGCUCUCUAAA